AUGUGUUGCAGAGCCAAGUUAGUCCUUAUGAGACAAUCAUCUUUUUCUUGUCUAAAAAGUGUAAAAUUUGCAAUGGAAAAUUUAUGUUCUAUUCAAUUCGGUUCUUUAUAUACUCCAGUGUUGAACUAUCAAGAAAUUACACAUUUAAGAUUAGGUUUAACGCAAUUGUUAAUUAAAUCAUUAGAAACGGCACUGACUUGUACGGAAACAACAACAAAUGUUUUGGUCAUAGGAACUUUGCCCAUGAUGUUGAAAGUAUUGGAGGAUUCAGAGAGUUUAAAUGAAUGUUUUGAAAAUAGAAAACACCAUCAGAUAAUAUUUGAAUUAAUUAGAAGUGUUAUUAACUUUCUAUUUAGUCUUUUAAUGCAAAGUUUUGAAAAAGAAAGAGUCAACCAAUUUUUAGAGCUAUUCAAAAUAUUUAUCGAAAGUCACAAUGGGAAAUUGAUUGAGAAAACAGUUGUUGCAUUAAUUAAAAGUAACAAUAUUAUAAAAGCAAAGAAAGUUAUUGAAAUGAUUGGUCAUUUGAUUUCUGCUCUUAAAAGAAUGAGAAAAGAAAUUUUAAGUCCCGAACCAUUUAAAAAGCAAAAACAUAAAAAAUAUAAAAAUGAAAAAACUCUUUAUCACCAUCAGGAUUUAUUUGGCAUCGUUUUUACCGCUCCUGCUGUUGGAUCGAACCACCCACAAAAUUGUUGCAUUUCUAGUUUAUUUUUGAUAAUUCUAGAAUUAAUUAAAUUACCAUCUCAGAAAUUAAAAAUACUAGUUUUUCAUUUGCUGGAAAAUACUUUAUACUUAGAAUUGGGAUAUUAUUCGGUUCCUCAAAAUAAAAAACUAACUUGUUUGAUUUGUUUCAAACGUUCUUUAGAAGAAAAAAAAUCAAUUUUAGAAAAUAAGAACAAAAAUCAAAAUAGCGCAUCACCUAAAUUUUAUCAAAGUCCCAACACAAACAGCGAAAACUAUUUUUUUGAACUUUACAAUGAAACAAAUAAAAAUCCGUCGACUAAAUUAGAAUUGUUUCAAAGUUUGUUGUUAUCAAACGAAAUUCGAAUAGUUCAAGGUGUCUCGAAUCAUCUUUUAAAAUUAUUUUUAAUAAGCAAAGAUGAAUUUUUUGUUAGAAAAGAUGAAAUUUCAUCGUUUAGAAUUUUAUCCAGUUUGUCAAUGUUCUCGUUGCUUGUAAAUGACGUGUUGUUUGCUCGAAAAUUUAUUGAUCAAAAUGGAUUAAAUCACGUAUUGGAAUUAGUAACGGUACGUUCUUUUACAAAAAGCUGUUGUGCUGUAUUUGAAAAAACAAUUCUACAUAUUGUCACGAUACCAAAUAUCACAGUCGAGUAUUUAUCACCACUUGCAUCUUUACGUAAUAUUGUUAAUUCUGCUAACACCGUUCUACUAAAUUACUUCAAUGAUUUAAAAGAAUCUCACGGAAUGAACGUAUUGAAUGCUUCUCUAACACAAAAAAAAAGAAAAAAAAAACAAGAAAAUAUUCAACAAAUAAUUGAUAUUUUAGAAAAUGUAUCUACAUAUUGGAAAACUUAUUCAAAUUUAUCAAUGUACAGUUUAACGUUACGAAAAUAUUUUUCACAAGAAAAUAUUUUAAUGGAUUGCAACAAGUUAUUAAAAAUUAGUUUAUUAUCAAUAGCAAAUACAUUUGAUUCAGAUCAAAAUUUAUUAAUGGAUAGAAAAAAACGAUUAGAAAUUUUUUUGUUUAUAAGAUUAAUUGAAUCGUUACUGACUUUUGUUUUAUCCAUUUCUCACGAAGAAAACAAAAAAAAAGAAACGGAAUCAAUUAUAGACGGACUCUCAGAAUUUUUAUUGAUAAAUAAUUUACAACAUUUUCAUGUUCGUACAAUGGCGGAAGUUUUAAUAAAAUGUUCGUUAAGUCAACCAAAUCGAUUAUUUUUGAAUUCAUCAUCUUAUAAAAAUACGAAGGAUAUUCUGGAUGUCGAAGAUGAUGAAAAAAUUUUUACUGAUUCUGAAUCACUGGAUGAGUAUUAUGUAACUGCUGACGAGGGAUAUGAAGCAGAUGUUGAAAUUCGGGAAAAUUUUUCAAAUUCAGAUGAUUUAACAAAUUCAAACUCAUGCUAUCAAACUUUCGACUCAUCAACGCAAUCGACAAUUAAAGAUUCAAUCUUUGAAAAACACGAUCAAAAAAAUGGAUGUCUUAUAAUAUUUCCAAAAUUGACUUUACUCGCAAUCGACAUCCUGAUAAAAUCCUUCCAACAAAUGUUAACAAUCGAUAAUAAUUCUUUGGAAAAAAUUAAAAAUACAGAAUUGAAUUCCAGCGAAACAGUUUGGAAAAAAAUCGUCAAUAACAAUGAAAUGUUUAAGGAUUCCUCGAUAUUUUCCGAAGAUAAUUACGAUAUGUUGGAAAAAAUUUACGAAACAAACAAUUUAUUUGGAAAGGCCAAGUGUGAUUUUCAAGAGGUUAAAAAAAAGGAAAAAAAUUAUGAAAAAAAAUGUUUAACAAAUCUAAUACUUGUUUUACAAAGAUUAACUCAAUUGUGUAAAAAUCAACCGAAAAAUUGCGGGAUUUUAUGCGAAAAUAAUACAAUAUUAAAACUUCUCUACGGUUUUGAAUUAUGUUUUAUGGAUAACAAAAAUGAAUUAUCUGAGCUUCAAACAGCAAUUUUGGAAUUAGUUACUAUCUUGGGAAGACAUUCGUUUACACCCGAAGAUUUAUUUAUUUAUUUCAGCAUGAUAUCCAGUUGGAGUUUGUUUGCAAUUUCACUUUCAAUCGGCCCGGAGUUAAAUUGGUCAGUAUGGAAUCAGGGAUUCUCAUUGUCUUUGUGGCUCAAAAUUGAAAAAAAAUCAAUUAAUGGUGGUUAUCACAAUAAUUUCAAAUCGAAAACUACUGAAAAAACGAGUGUAAAAGUUUUCAAAGCAGAAUCUUUGGGAUCUGUGUGCAGUACAGCAGGAUUAUCAGGAUUAUCCGAUUUUUGUUCAAAUGAUUUUUUUCAGUUUUCACCUUCCUCAAUUUCUCCACAAGAAUUGUUGCAUAUUUUCUCCAUCGGAAAUGAUAGUUUAACAUUGGAAUGCUGGAGUGUACCCGAUUUGGAAUUAUUGAUUUGGAGAUUGACUAAAUUAGACGAUCAAAAAAAAUAUAAAAUAUUGUCGGAAAAUUAUACAAAUCGUUGUUUGCCACUUUUUAUCUGGAAUCAUUUGGCACUCAAUAUAAAAGCAUCAUUUUCAAAAAAAAAAAAUGUCGUUGACGUUACAUUAAUUAUUAAUGGAGGAAACGAAAUAGUUGUUUCUUUAUCACACACGGGUCCAUCGCUGAAAAAAAAUCAUCCUUUUUCGACAGUGUUACUAGGAAUGGAAAGUAAUUAUACUCAAGGAGUUUUUUCAUUCGGAUCUUUAAUGUUGUUUACUUGUCCAGUUUUCACAAGGGAAACCGCCGUUUAUUUCUUAGGUUUGGGACCGAAUUGUGCCAACUUAACUGACUGCAUAAUAAGCCGGCGAGGAUUAAAUUUAACUUCAAUAUUUUCUGCAAAAUCCCUCAUUAGUGAUAUUAAUUGGGAUGAAGUUUUAAAUUCAAAUCAAGAUGUAAUAAAAAAAGCUCAAAGUCAUUUACUCUUAGUGUACUCAGCUUACAAUCCGAAAAUUUUCACCGUGUAUUCACAGGUUGGAGAUAAUAGUUCUUCUUUAUUAUUAUCGGGAUUUCGUUUGAAAUCAUCGGAAAAGAAAGAAAAUCAAAGAAUGGCCAUAUCGCUUUUAUCAAAUAUAAAUGUUCCAAUCGAUAUUCAUAAACAUCAAGGAUUUGUUCCAUCCGCUUUUAUUCAAGGAGGAUCAGCUUCAUUUAUGUUUUUAUUAGGCAGAGCUGUCGAAAUAACGAAUGAUCCUGAAGUACAAUCAAAAUUUUUAUUUUUAUUACUAAAGUUUGUUCAAACUGAUUGCGAUUUGUUCACACAAUUUAUUAAUAAUAAGCAUCAUUACAUGUUACAUAAAAUUUUUUCUGCUUCAAAAUCUUUGUCUGGACUUCACAUCUUAAAAACCAUAAUGGAAGCCGGUUGUGAUAAACCAAUUAUCGAUAAUCACGAUGGAGGCUUUCACAUAAUUAAUAACAUGGAUUCAAUUAUCGUUAAUUCUUUUCUAAUAGCUUCUAUAUUAAGUUCCUGGAAGGAUUUAAGUUCUAAAUUACAAGAAAAUGAAGUUCUCGAAUUAUUUUUAUCAGCUUUAUUAGCACUUACUAGAGAUGAUCACCCAUACAGAGAAUUUAAUGUCGCGCAAUUGAAUCGGGUGAAAUUAAUACAGUGCCUUCUUUCUUUUUGCAAAGCGUGCAUUUCUUUUGUUGAAUUGAUAAAAUCACUAUUGGGAGCACCUCCAGAGCUUUCUCACGUAAUGGCUUUAAUGGAUUGUUUAAUUUUAUUACAUCCAGUCGAUUCUACUUACAUAACAAACGACAAAACCUCUUUUUAUUUUCUUAUUUCUUUCAAUCAAACUUAUGGGAGGAACUCAGAAAAUCCUAUAAAUAAUGAAAAAAGAGAGGAAGAUAUAAGUAAUAUUUUAAAAUAUGAUCUUCAUCGACUGUUAAAUAGAGAACUAUCCAAUUUUGAUUUGAAUAAGACAAAAAAAUUAGAAAAUAGAAAUCCCGCAAAAAUAAUUUUUCCAAAUAUGUUAAAUUGUUCUCCGUCGGAAUCAAAGGAAGAAAAAAAUAACCAUCAAAUUUCUGAAUCAACGUGUACUAUUGUCGAGGGUCUCCUUUUACUAUUGAGAAAUACAAUAUUAGUGUUACCCGACAGUAUGGCACAACAUGUUUUAAAUUAUGUUGUAAAACCGGAAAUUCUUUUAGUUAUGGCAAAUCAUCAAAAUGAAAAAAUUCGAUCGGCUGUCGUGAAAGUUUUUUCAUCAUAUUUUGAAAGAUCUCUCGACGAAAAUGUAUCCAGAUUUAUAAAGCAAAGAGGGUUUUAUCAUUUGGCCAACCAAAUAUCUCUGUUUCCAGCAUCUCAAGAAUUAGCUGAAAAUUGCUUACACCUUUUGGCUCAACGUUACAUUUCUCUGGAUCAGCCCGUAAUUAUUUCAAAAUGCGAAUUGAAAAUGUUCAGAAUGAAUUUUUUACCUCCACUUUUGGCACUCAUUCCUCGAAGUGUACACAAUCCAACAUUGACUCAAAAUCUCAUUAGUAUUAUUCAACAAUUAUUCAAUAAGGAUAAUGAAACGUCUGCUUUUCUAUUAGAAAUUGGAUUAUUGGAAAUUAUUAUAAAGACUUUGGUUUGCUCAGCUCAUUUUGAUUGUAUCAACGGUAGACAAAAUAUUCUUACUUCGAAUUUGUUUCAUUUUUUUGCAUAUAUAAUAAACCAAAGUUUAAUUACUUCCGGAAUGACAUUUUUGCAGAUUUUUUCAGAUGUUCGAUUCCAAUUAAACUACGCAUUAUGUGUGGAAAAAAAAAAGUGUGGACCACAAUCAUUGUGUGUAAAAAUAAUUCGAGACACUUGGUGUAAAAUACUUGAAAAAACUAUAGAAACUUUAAGAAAUUUAAUUGGCUCCCUGCAACUUUUCAAAAAAUCGAGGCCUUCUAAUUUUUCAGUGUGGAUCGGUAAUACGAAUGAUUCUUCCGGAUCGGAGCUGGAACAAAAUUCAAGUUCAAUUAAUAAUUCGAGUAAAAUAUUAUCUUCUUCCCAUGGUUCCGUGAGAGAAAUAUCAAAAAACGAAUUAAGCGAACGAUUUAGAAUUCUUAUUGAAAGUUCUAUAGAAUUUUUAAUUUUUUCGAGUAGGCUAUCAAUUGUCUUAUCUGACAUCGAAUUAAGUUUUUUAUACCAUUUAUUACCAAUGUUAUUGCAAAUAUUAUCUUGUUCGGAAAGGCAAACUCAAAUCCGCUGUCGAAUGUAUCACGAAAUAUAUCAUGCAAUUGGAGAAACUCUUAAAACUGAAGCUUUCGAACUAAUACUUUGGCUUUUGUCACCGCAGCAAGCAUUAAAAAUUAGAAUGUUUGCUUUAACAACUUUAAUUUCUCAGCCAUCUUGUAAGAACCUCAUAUCCGUAUUAUUACAAACAUCCGGACAAGCAGAAUUGAAAUUCACCGUUUUCAUUUGGGAUUUAAUGCAUAAAAGCGAUUUAUUAAGUGGAGAUGUUAAAAAUUGCCAGCAAAUAAUUGAAUGGAUGAGAGAAAGAGGAGUUAUUUCACCGCAUUUGAUCGAAAGCAGCGAAAAUUUUUGGAAAGAAAGUUGUAACUCGUUAUUAAGCGAAAAUACAAAACGUGGAUUAUUGUGGGAAAAACAAAUUAAAAUGAAGGCUUAUAAAUGCAUGGGAAAACAUAAUUUUUUAGUUAGGUCUUUGAUUCAAGAUGCGGAUACCAUGACUCGAACGGUGGUCGAUUUUCAAAACGUUGUAAGGAAAUCAUUCAUUGAAGAGAUAAAACAUUAUUGCAUAGAUAAUGUUAAUGUAAUAUUAAAAUGGAAAAAAUUAAUCGAAAGGUUGUCUCAUGAAAAAGCCGUGUGGCAUUUUCCAAAAUCUUAUCCCGCAUUUUGGCAAUUGGAUCCGACCGAGGGACCGUCAAGAGUUAGAAAACGGUUAAUGAGAUGUCAUUUAAAAUUAGAUGAAAAAUAUUUAUUACCUGCGGAACGACAUAAAUUGAGUUACGAAAAAUUUUCACAACCGCUAGAAUUUUUAUUUAAAGAACAGGCAAAAAAUUAUCAAUCAAUGGUUUUAAUCGAAAGGCUUCACUGUAACGAAAAAAUUAAAAAUAUGUUUUCGGCAAACAUUAUAACUCCUGCCAUUGAAAUUUCGGGAGAACUCCUUAUCGGUGAAACAUGUAUUUACUUUGUACCCGAUAACGAUCAUAAAUUUCAAACGAUUAAUGUUCUCAACACGGUUUGGCCAUUUGAAGACAUCACAGAAAUUCAUAGUCGACGAUAUGAAUUGCAGGAAAGGGGUAUCGAAAUAUUUCUUCAAAACGGUAACACUUAUUUCAUAGCUCUUAAAACAUCAAAAGAGAGAAACACUUUUUUAGAUGUUAUCUCAACUUGUGAUCUUCCUAACAAAGUGAUCGGAGAUAAUUUGAGCGAAACAAUGCAAAUGUGGAGGGAAGGUCUGAUAACGAAUUGGGAAUAUCUUACUUUUUUAAAUAAGAUCGCCGGAAGAACAUAUAAUGAUCUCAUGCAAUAUCCCGUGUAUCCAUUCGUACUUUCUGAUUACACAAGUUCAACCCUCGAUCUCAAUCAAAAGAAUAUAUACAGAGCUUUAGAAAAACCGAUGGCAGUGCAAGAAAAAAAAAACGAAUUGCAUUACGUAAACAACUACAAUGAGCUUCUUGGAGGAGUGAAACAGGCAACUUUAAACAAGGAACCUUAUCAUUACGGCUCUCAUUAUUCAAAUUCUGGCACGGUCUUACAUUUUCUCGUCAGGCUCCCUCCUUUUACGAAAAUGUUACUGCAUUACCAAGAUCGUAAUUUCGACCUCCCAGACAGAACGUUUCACUCCUUGCACACGACAUGGCGAUUGGCCAGUUCGGAAUCGACAACGGAUGUGAAAGAAUUGACUCCAGAAUUUUUUUUUCUCCCUGAAUUUUUAAUUAAUUCUCAGGGGUUCAAUUUUGGUAUUAGGCAAAACGGGGAAGUCGUAAAUAACGUUUUCCUUCCUCCGUGGUGCAAAGGAGAUCCGAGAAAAUUUAUUUUAAUUCAUAGACAAGCUUUAGAAUCAAAUUACGUUACGGAAAAUCUUCCGCGGUGGAUUGAUCUCGUUUUCGGUUUUAAACAGACCGGAAAAGCAGCCGUUGAUGCAAUAAAUGUUUUCCAUCCGGCAACUUAUUCGGGUUUCGAUUUAGAAGCAAUAACUGAUCCCGUGGAACGCAUAGCAUGGGAAACCAUGGUGAAAACCUACGGUCAAACACCCAAACAACUUUUCAAAACUCCACAUCCAAUGCCCAUUCGUAGUUUACAAAAUUCAGAUUCGAUCUCGCAUUUAUCAUUGCCACAUUUAACUAAUGCGUAUUCUUACGGAUAUAAUUAUAAAGAAGUCAAAGGCUUAAAAUGGGGAUAUUUUCCAGGAUCUCCCAACGAAUCCGAGCCUGUGAUAUUAUUUAGACAACCGAGUAAUACUAAGGAAAUAAUAUCUUAUCUCGCGCCUCUUCCAACAAAUGAUAUUAUUGGAAUUCCAGAUAACACAACAUGCCUUUUACAUCUCAGUAAGAAUAAAGAAGGUUGGAAUUUUAACGGAUGCAGAAUUGCUUUAAUUUCUUGGGGAUACUCCGAUGGCAUUAUAAGAAUAAAAUUAAAAAAUGAAUCACCCAUGCUACCAUUGUAUACAAUUUCUCUAUUGGAUCCUGUGACCAUAUGCGCGAGCGAAUUAGGAUGCAAUAAUUUAUGGAUGGGACAUUCAUCAGGCAAUAUAACAGUUUACAAAUUUAAAUUUGCAAGUGAUCAAGAUCACGUGAAGUUUGAUGACCUUCCGAUAGCGUUACAAGGUCAUAAGAAAUCAGUUACACACAUAGCUAUUUCUAGAGCAUAUAGUCUAGUUGCAACAUCUGGUUUGGAUGGAAUUAUAAUAAUAUGGGAUUUAAAUCAAAUUUCUUAUGUUAGAAGUAUAGAUUUAAGUCAAGGGAUAGUUAAUAUGGCAGUAAUAAGUAAUACCUUAGGAGAUAUUGCAGCUGUUGUCGAGUCCAAUAAAAACUCACAUGCAAACAUGUUAUAUUUAUUCACUGUAAAUGGAAAUUUUGUCAAUUCGACAACAGUCAAAGAAUCAAUUUCUUGUGUUUGUUUUUCAUCAUCACCAGAGGGUACUUCAAUCAAUGUCAUAGCUUGCGGACUCAAAAAUGGUGUUAUUAGAAUAUUUAGUACCUGGGAUUUAACAAAACUUUGUGAUAUAUUUAUUCCUUCAAUGACUCAACCAAUAACAUGUGUGACCUAUUCCUAUGAUUCUCAAUUUUUAAUUGCCAGUUUUAAUGAUGGCUCUGUGGUCCUUUGGCAAAGUACAAAUAAUAAAUCUAAAUUAAAAAUUUCCAAACUUUUGAAUUUGAAGUUAUGA